AUGAAAUUAGCUGCUAAAUUCACCAUAUCUUUGAAUACCAUACCUUUAAACGAUUGUACGUCAGCCAUAUCCUACUUGAAACAACUCCUUCAGAAUCAAUAACAAAUUGACAAAACACUUAUACAUCAAUCUCUUACUGAAAAUCAGAAUCGAAUUAUUGGCAUGUUUAAAUAGGAUUCCUACUAAUUAGUCCAAUUCGUCAAGUACGCCCAAGAUAUCACACAAGAUCCUCUUGAUUCUUACUAAAUUUACCUAAAUGAUGUUAUCCAAAAACGAUUCCCCUCAAAACCCUUUUUGCUUAAAUGUCUCCAAUUGAACUCUCAAUGUAAUCUAGAAAUCCUCCAAAGCAUGCCUAAUACAGCUAUCGAUACACUGCCACAUUCUGUACUUAACAAAAUCAUCACAACGCAAUAAUUAGAUUACAAGGAAUCAACCACUGUCCUCCAUUUCCUUCAUAACAAAAAGCUAUUAAAACAACUGCUCCAAUGCGUUUGGGUCUAAAAGUAUAUUCAACUCUCCAAAUUCGGCUUACAAGAUUACAAUCUCAAGAAUUUAGCACUCUUAAGUCGAAUUUAUGCAGAUGUUGGCACUAAUUAUCUGAAUUAGGUGGCCAAUUCAGUCGAAAAAAUGGAUCUAUCUUCUGAUCAAUCCAAUCAAUGGUCCCUUAUUACUCUAUAUCAAAAUUUAAGUCUUCUUAGAAACAAACAAGAGCUGCUAAGAAGGAUAGCCAACCUUAUUAUUAUAAAUGACAAGGUCGAAUUAAAGGAUUUGAUGUAAUUGCUGAUUGGAGUCUCUUAAUCCAAAGAUGAUUUGUUGGCACAGAGACUCUUCUUUGUCUUGAGAAAUUUGACUAUCAAUGAAGAAGAUCUACCAUUAUAUUAUUUAUGCGGAACUUAUUUCAAAUAAAUUGAACCAAAACGCAUAGAUUAAGAAUUUUAAGAAGGAAACUUGUAUAAAAUCAUACUUAUGAUGACACCAAAAUAAAUGGGUGAAUUUAGUGUCAACCUAUAUCGAAAUUAUCAAAUAAACUUAUGUGAGUUUAUAACAAAAAAUAAACAAAUAAUUCAUCCAUAGAACAUUGUAAAUUUAAUUUCAAUAAACAAUAAUAAUGUUCUAGAAUUAGAUUCCUUGGUUGAGGAAUAUUUAAAAAAUAAGUCAAUCGAUAUUCCUGGGGUGAUGAAGUUAGCAACCUAUUAAUAGUUCUAAAAAAUGAUUUCUACAUAUAUAGUUGAUUAUCAGUAUUAUGAUAUUGCUUUUAAUGUCAAGGAAUUAGCAGCUAUUUUACUAUAGAUUGAUAAAUAUCUACCAAAUCUAGGAAGAUUGGUUGAAUUUAGUCUUCAAGCAGUUAAUAAUGAGAUGUCAAGUGCUUAAGGCUUGGCGAACAUAGUAUAUUUGGCCUCAAAAAAGGAUGCUAAUCAAGAUAUUACACUGUCGGUAAAGAUUAUCAAAAAAAUCAUUGAUGAUUGUGAUCCAAUUGAAUUGUUAAACUUUUUGAGAGUACUUGAAAAAAAUCGAGAGUUGUUUGAUCAACUUAAAAUGAAAAUAAUGGAUUAAAUCAACAAGAAGGUAGAUUCCAAAAACAGACAAAGAGUUGAAAAACAUAUUCAAAAGUUGCCUAAGUACAUGCAUUUCUAUUUACAAUGA